AUGGAUGCUGAUACUUUGAAUCGAUUCUUGUUGUUUCUUUAUUCUGACACACUGGAAGACCUUCAGUGGGAUAGAGCAGAAAGAUUAUUAUAUGCUGCCAACAAGUACCAAGUGGAAUCUUUGAAAAAAGAAUGUUCCUCUUUCCUUAUGUCCCACCUUACCGUGUCUAAUGUCUGCGAAGCACUAGUACUUGCUGAACUCUACUUGGAGGAUCAACUAAAAACAGAAUGCGAAGCUUUCGUCUUUGAAAAUGCUUUGGAAAUAUUCUCUUCGAUAGAAUGGGAAAAUUUCACUGUAGAAAAUCCUUUUAUGUCUGCAAAAUUGCUACGAGAAUACUUUGCCCUCAAAAAGGUCUCUUAG